CGCAGAGCCGCGGAGGAGCAGCGCCCCGCGGGUCUCUCCGUCGCUGAUCGCGGGGAGGUCGCGGCGGCUGCGGUAGCGCCGGCAGGAUUUAGAGUUCAGCUGGAAUCUUUCAUAACGGAGUGAAGCUAGAAACUUGACAGAUGCCUGUGCCGCCACCGCCUCCUCCCCCUCCGCCACCACCUCUCCCAGCUUCUGGAGGACCACCCCCACCACCUCCACCAUUGCGAUCUUCAUUACCUCUGGCAAGUACAGAGCCCCCAAAGUUCAGAAAGGAAGAUCAAAAAGAUCGAAGUGCAUUGCUAGCAGAUAUUCAGCAAGGGGCUCGCUUAAGGAAAGUUACCCAAAUCAAUGACCGAAGUGCACCACAAAUUGAAAAACCCAGAGGACCUAACAGAGAUGGAGGUGGCCCAGCAACCAGCAAAAGUGGUGCUCAACCAUCGUUGGGGGGCUUGUUUGCAGGUGGCUUUCCCAUGCUGAAACCGGUUGGCCAAAGAGACAUGACGGCUGGCAAGGCUGGGCAGCUGCCUGGAGUACGAGUGCCUCCUCCAAAGUCUCCAGCCCCAUUGAACAGCAAUGCCAAAGCAAGCAGUCAUGUUUCAAGUCCGCCUGAUUGUCCAAGAGCAGCACACCCAUUGGAGCUACCCAGUGGGCCACGAGCAGGACCAGCUCGGCCCAGCAUGCCUGCCCCUCCCCCACCUCCGCCAGUUUCCAGCAAACCUUCCCUUGUUUUCCCACCUCCUCCACCUCUUCCCUCUCCUCUGGAAAAACCUGCAAAAGUGUCACCCCCGAAUUUGGUUCCUCCACCACCACCACCUCCUCCUCCUCAGAGUGACAAGCCCGCCAAGGUUCAAGCAACAGCUUUGUACCUGCCGCCUCCUCCCCUGCCCCUGGCACCGCCUUGUGGAUUGCCAGUCAGAACAACUGACUUUCCUAGUACUUCUCCCCCACAGCCCCACAAUGAUUUGAGGGAUUAUCCACCUCCAACUCCUCCUCCGCCUCCACCACCACUGCCUCCUACUUCUUCACCCAGGGGAUCCUUGCUGCUGCCACCCUCCCCUACCUUUAACAGCGCUGUGAACAGCCAUGACAUUCCACCCGCACUGCCCCCCAAAUCUCCACACUUGCUGUUCCAAAAACCUGGUAUUCAGUCCAUGCCUCUCCCUCCUGCCCCACCCUUCUCUCAGCCAGCUGCAGCAGUGCAGAAAAAGAGACAAGGCAGAGGUGCAGUAAGCAACACGGGGAAGUUAAUUCCGCCUCCGCUGCCUCCAGCAAGAUCACCAUCAACUGAGCUUACGAGCAAGUGUCCAUAUACCCAAGUUUCAUCGUGGCUAGCUGCACAUGAGCCCUAUCCACAGCACAGAAAUGGACACAUGCACAUCAUUGAUGACUUUGAGUCUAAGUUUACUUUCCAUUCUGUGGAAGAAUUCCCCCCUCCUGAUGAAUUCAAGCCAUUUCAGAGAAUUUAUCCCAGCAAGGCAUCUAGAGAUACCCCUAAAAAUCCUCCACUAAGAACACAUGUGAGAUGAGAAGAUGCCUCUAACAGACCUCUGGUGCAGUACUACACAGGACGAGUGAAGAUAACAAGAUAAUAUAUGAAACAGAGGAGGUUUUGUUAAAUGAGUAGAGAUUAUAUUUUAACAAUCAAAUGAUGCAGUGUCGGACCUGAUUUGAUAUUUUUAAAACUGGAAAAGAAAUACUUUAAUUAUGCAUUCUCUGAACUAGUCUAGUCAUCGUUUGGCAAUAGAGGAGAGUGCUGGCACAGGCUUUUAAAUUAUUGUUAGAUACUUUACUUCAGGAAUUUUUAAAACCAAGCACCAUGAGAUUUAAAUUCUUUAGUAGUGUUCACUAUGUAAUUCUCAUUCAAA